AUGCAUGAAUAUACGCGUAUUUCUGCAUACUUGCUCCCCCCAACUUUUGAAGGCGAGGAGUUUGCUGAUGCUCUCUUCUCGGAGCUGGCGCCCUGGGGCAAGGAUCAAACGUUUACUGGCUUGACGCACGGCACUCCGAAAGGUGCGCACACGCCACAUGGUUGGGGUGUUCUAGAGCACCACGAAGGCUUCCUGCAGGCAUGUGCUGUUUGGCGUGAUGGUCUCGCUGAUGGGCCUGGCAUGUGGUCAAGCACUAUGGGUGGCAAGGAGCAGUGUGGUUAUGGCACCUGGGUUGAGGGUAAGCGGCACGGCUUCUUUGCCCUCAUCAAGGAAGGUGGCACGUAUGUCGAGGAGUACGAUGCUGGCGAACUGAAGCGGCGAAUCAAAUGGAGGAAGGACAAGCUCCAUGUCACGUGUGCGCGAUGCGGUAUGCUCUUCAUCCCUUCGGCAAACACUGCCGACGAGAAGUUCUGCCGCUUCCACUUGUCCAAGCCAGACUACGACGGCCGCUAUCCAUGCUGCGGGGCGCUGCAUUCGGUCAACCCACGAGGCUGUGCAACCUCCAUGCACGUCGAACCAAGCAAAGGCAGGCUGUGUUGCUGGCUUGUUCGCGUUUCGAUGCAGGCGGUCUUUCCUUGGAGUACACUAUGUCACUAUGAGCCUAUGGGUCAAGAGGAUUCAAUCAUGAGGAAGAUAACCACAACAUGA